CCGCCCUGGGGUUUCCUCUCCCGCCUUGGGGUUUCCUCUCCCGCCUUGGGGUUUCCUCUCCCCCUGGGAUUUCCUCUCCCCCCCUGGGGUUUCCUCUCCCGCCCUGGGGUUUCCUCUCCCUCCCUGGGGUUUCCUUUCCUGCCCUGGGGUUUCCUCUCCCACCCUCAGAGCAAUCUUCUGAUGUGCGUACAGUACACAUUGGCCGAUCUGUCAUCGAGUCUUACCCCCCCCCCCCUAUUCUCUUAUCAAAUGAGAUGUCAUUGAGAAUACCAAUGUCCUGGUCCAAUAAAAACCAAACAAGUAGUGAAAUUAAAUAGUAGCAAGAGAGGAGAACAGUUCCACUGUUACAGAAGGCUACUGUACAUUACAAGCAGGCAUGUUGCAGUGUACUAAUCAUUGACAUUGUCUGAGAUCAUUGUACUGCCCAUGAUCUUCUCUCUUACAGGUUUUAUUGCACACUGCUGAACGUGAGAGACACUUUUUUCCCAAGAACAGGGUUUUUCAAUUCUGGUCCUAGGGACCCAAAUUAGUUUUUGCCCUAGCAUUCACACACCUGAUUCAAAUUAAAGGCUUAAUGAGGAGAUGAUUAGUUGAAUGAAGUGUGCUCGGGCAAAACCAAAAAUGCGCAUCCCAGGACCAGGAUAGAGAAACACUGCCAUAGAACAACAUAUUCAUGUUUUAUGGUAUUCAGUUCGUCUGGGUCAUGUUCUGAAUGAAAUGGGAAGGUACUAUCUGAACAUUAGAACACACAUUCUUGUUUUCUGUUGCAAAACAUUUUGCUACAUUGUGUCCUACUGAAUACGACCCAUAUUUAUGUUUGUCCAGUGGCUAUCUGUGAUAUUUAUGCCACUUCCUGUGCCUUCAGAGUUUGAUGGAGAGCUGGUCGGAUGACAGCUGGAACUGUUGUCAUAACCGGAGGAAUUCUCGCCACGGUGAUACUCUUGUGUAUCAUAGCAGUGCUCUGUUACUGUAGACUCCAGUAUUACUGCUGUAAGAAGAAUGGGUCAGAAGGGGACACCAGCUCCGUCACGCAGCCCCACUUUGCCUGCAACGCAUGCAGUGCUCCCGGGGUGGACGGGACGGCCGUCACUCCCCUCUCCUUCUCCCCGGAACUCCCUGCCUCCCACGCCACGGGCCCCCCACGUAACUAUUGCCCCACCUGUUCGCCCUACGAAUCACCCUUCUAUAUCCGAGCCACCGACGAGAUGCACAAUGGCGGCGAGCGCAUCACCUACAUGCCCACGCACUAUGAGAACCCAGCCCUGGCUCUUGCCCUGCCCUCCCUGCAUGGCUCCCUGCUGAGCACCAGCCAGCAUCGCAGCAACCCAGCACCGGACUUCUACACCAACACUCGCGCUAUAAGUACAGACGUGUGACCCACUUCCGAUGUCCUGUUGGCUCAUUUGGUUGGAGCGUGGUGUUUUCUACUGCAGGGUUGUGAGCUCAAUCCCUGCAUAGGCCAUGCACUGUACACAGAAUAUUUGUUCAUUAUUGCUUUGGAUAAAAGAGACUAUGUUUUUAUGAGGGUAAUCUCUGGUAGCCACUGUGUCUCUCUGCUGACAACUAAAGAGAAGAGGAUGAAAAAGGAGCAUUGAGAGACAACAUGAAGCUUUGACCCUUUGACCUGGUCAUGCACUUCCUUGUUCUUUCUCCCUACACUGUGUCAGCUAGCUUCCAGCUGGAUUUGAGCACACUCAAACAGUAUUGUUUUUUAAACAGAGGUAGCUAUCAUGUUUGUUGCUGUUUAAUUAAAAACUAGACUCCUGUAAUACAGAGUCAGGGAGCAUCCCUUAGUGUUCAAUAGACCAAGACCUAUACGCUGUCUGGCGAGGUAGUGUGUGGGAUUCUAAUCUUCACUGUUCGAGGGCUAUCUAUAUCGUGGUUUUACCUGGACCUACUCUUGUCAUUUCCCUGUAUCUGCCAAAAGAGAUUCUGAACUACAAAUAAAAGGAAAUUGCAUUUUCGAGUGAAGGUAUUCAGAAGAAAAUUAACAUAGCAAAAAUAGUGAAGAGACCCUAACUCCUUCAGAGCUUUCUCUAUGCAAGUUCUAUGCACGCAAAAACCGAAUUGGUUGGAGAGAAAAGUAUAACGAUGCAGCUGUCCAGCUUGUAUGUUUUUUUUCCCUCCAAAUGUUUGUCAUAUGUAACUGGAACUAUUGAAAGACUGUUGUCUAUUGUUUUAUGUUAUUGAAAGAGGUAUGUAGCCUACCAUGGCUACUUUUGAGACAAUGGAAUUUGAUCACAUAAUAUAAUAACUAGAAUAUUACAGUUUAAAGAUAGUUUUCAAGUCAGGACAGGGGCAUUUUGUAAGUGGGUGAUGCAGUAUUGCAGUUAGUGAUGAUUUGUCUGUCUCUGCAACUGUGUCAUUAAGUGGACUACCAUUCUUUGUGCAGAACACUGAAGCUACAGUACAGUUCAAAUUGUAUUUCUCUUCAUUGACAAUGAUGCAAAAAGUUGGAAAUGUAUAUAUUACCAAAUGCAUUGAAAGCAUUUCUAUUUGUUUGUCUCUUUGAUUAACUGGCUGAUGACAUUUUGGAUUCGGUCAUGAUGCAUUUUGAAUUGGGGUGUGUAAGUCUGGUAUGAUUUAGAUGUAGUUUGUGCCAUUUGGUGUCCGCACUCUUCUGGUUAUCUAAUUGUUGAUUCUAUGAACUGUACACAUCCAUGUAUUUACACAUUUGAGUGUUUAUUUCAACUUAUGAAGAACUUGAAAUACAAUAUUUAUGUAAUUGGUAACUAAAUACAUAAUUAUUAACCUUGUUAUAUGGCACUAAUUUUUAACAAAUUAUUAGACAACAUUGCUUGCCAUGUAUGAUAUUAUUUUGACCUGGUGUCUUUUUAUGUUUUAGUGUGAAACAGCAAAAAAUGACAGACAUGUAUGAUAGGGGUGAUACUAAUUUUACUAUAGGUUUCUAAAAGCACCCCCAUCUGCUACUUCUGUAUAGAGCUGAAAAGCCCUAUCAUACCUGUGACAACAGCAAUGCUCAUAUGGAUGUUUGCUCUUUAAAAAGGGGUGAAAAAUGUGUGUCUGUUCAAAACCUUCUAUAAAUCUGUCAAUUUAAAUCCGAACAAAGACAAAACAUUUCAAUUGAGAAUAUCUACCGAAUUACAUGCCCCAUAAGAAUACAUUUUCAUAUUUAAUUCCUGUUGGUUUAGGUUAUUCAUAAAAUAACUAACAAUUUUUAAAAAUACUAUGAAAUAUUAAAAGAGAAAAAAAUAUAAUCAUAUCUCACAUUGUUACAUUGUGACAAAGAUUUAUAACUGCUUGAAAUAUAUUUGUUGUCCAUAUUGUACACACACACACACACACCCUGCUCAAAGUAGCUAAAAAUAAGCCCAUAAGCAACUUCCAAUUUAAUGGAUGUAAACAACAAUGUAUUGCAAUUGUCUGAAGCAUUUUCCAACUUUCCGUUUUCAUAUUUAGCCUACCAAAAAUGUUACAAUGAAUAAAUUAUAUCACACCACCAUCCUUUCUCUCCCAGAAUCGAAUCAAAUGAGUGCAAUAAAAGCAUUGAUUUAAAUAUACACUGGAGAUGACAGAUAGGGGGCGUUGUUUCGAAGUCACCGUGCCUUGGCACUCCCCCACCGUUAUAAAAAAAUAUUUUGGAAGCUAUAGAAAGGAAUUUAUUAACGUCUACAUUUGAUAUUGCCACGUUUAUUCUAUUACAGACACCUUAAUGCAUACUUUAAAUUAUAUUAUGUGAGCUAAAUAUACAAAUAAAACAAGAAAAAUUUGAGAUGACUAAUGUUACUGUCCCCACUACAGCAAAACAAUACUUAAAUAUUGUCACGUUCUGACCUUUAUUUCCUUUGUUUUGUCAUUAUUUAGUAUGGUCAGGGAGUGAGUUGGGGUGGGCAGUCUGUUUGUUUUUCUAUGAUUUGGGUAUUUCUAUGUUUCAGCCUAGUAUGGUUCUCAAUCAGAGGCAGGUGUCAUUAGUUGUCUCUGAUUGAGAAUCAUACUUUGGUAGCCUGGGUUUCACUGUGUGUUGGUGUGUGAUUGUUCCUGUCUCUGUGUUUGCACCAGAUAGGGCUGUUUUGGUUUUUUCACAUUUCUUGUUUUGUUAGUUUAUUCAUGUAUAGUGUCUUUAUUAAAGAACCAUGAAUAACCAC